AUGGACACGCCGGCCUGGACGUGGCUUCGCAUUGUCCUGCUGGUGCCUCUCUCCGGCGCCCUAGCUUCUUGUGUCACUCGCCCUGCGUCGUCGGCCUCCUCCUCUCUGUCUCCAACACCAACAUCAUCAACCUCCGGUGGCCCGUGGAAUCGCCCGACUUGUUGCGACGUCCUAGCGUCCACUCUCGGGUCGAAAGUCUCGUUCCCCAGCUCCAAUGCGUACAAUGCAUCGAUAUCCUCGUAUUGGUCGCAACAAGAGUCCGAGAUCGCCCCGCGAUGCAUCGUCUCGCCCAGCUCGGCCAGCGAUGUCUCGGCCGCGCUGAAGGUGCUAGUCCCGCGGGCGUGCAAGUUUGCCGUGCGUGGGGGCGGCCACGGCGCCAUUGCCGGGAUUGCGAAUAUCGACGACGGCGUCACCAUCGACCUCGGCGGCCUCAGCGCCGUCACCGUGUCUUCGGACAACAAGAAGGUCAAGGUCGGUGGCGGAGCAUCUUGGGGCGCUGUCUAUGCGCGACUCUCUCCUCUGGGGCUGGCCGCGCCGGGCGCUCGACACGCGACAGUCGGCGUUGGGGGCUCAAGUCUUGGUGGCGGGUUUGGUUUCUUUGCCCCAAAGGUGGGCUUUGCUUGCGACAAUGUGGUGCAGUUCGAGGUCGUCCUGGCGAAUGGGAACAUCGUCACAGCCUCCCCAAGAACAAACCCCAACCUCUGGCGCGCCUUAAGGGGCGGCGGUAACAACUUUGGCAUCGUGACAGAGUUUACCUUCAAAACGUUCCCGCUCGGCCCUAUGUGGGCCGGAGAGGCAUACUUCUCGGCUUCAGCGCUCGAGGCACAGACACAGACCUUGUACUCCUUCACGGCCAAUACAAACUACGACCUCAAUGCCGGCCUCACCGUAAACUACGCCUUCACUCCCGCCUCCGGUCCCUUACUCACCAAUACGUACGCCUAUGCGCAGCCCGUCGUCAACCCACCAAUCUUCCAGCCCUUUGCGACCAUGGCGGGGCAGCUCCUGAACAACACGUCGGUCACGACGCUGGCGGAUUUCUCGGUCGCACAGGCAAAGGAAUCACCAAAUGGGUUCCAAGAGAUCACCUUUGCCACAACAUUCGAGAACGACCUCGGGAUGCUGCGGGAGCUCUGGGCCAUCUACACAGCCAGCACUAACAGCGUCGCGAAUGUGUCAGGCAUCCAGUGGUCGCUUAGCCUGGAUCCCAUCGUCCCGGCCGUAGUGGCCCGGAGUGACGCGAACGGAGGCAACGUCCUCGGUCUUAGGGUGCCCGCGCAUGGCCUCAUCCUGGCCGUCUUGACGGCCACUUUCGGCUCCGCGGGGGAUUAUGAGAUUGUCCAGGCUGCCGCGGACAAGCUGCUGGCCGACAUCAUGGAAGCUGCCAAAGCCAGAGGCGUGUUUAACCCUUAUGUCGAUGUCAACCACGCGGGCAAGUCACAGGAUCCCCUGGCAAGCUACGGUUUGGCGAACUUGGCGUUCCUCAAGGCCACUGCGCUACAUUUUGAUCCUCGCGGUGUCUUCCAGACUUUGAUGCCUGGGGGAUUCAAACUGUAA